GGGACCGGACCGGACCAGACCAGACCGCACCGCACAGCGGAGCCCUCUAUUUUUUAUUAUUAUUAUUUAUUUAUUUUUAUUUUUUCCCCCGGGGCCUCAUUGCAUGGGGAUGUGUUCAAGGCAAGAGCGGAUUCAGAAGGAUAUCGACGUCGUGAUCCAAAAGUGCAAGGCGGACAAGGACUGCCUGUUUGCAGAUUUCAGGUACUCAGACUCCACCUUUACCUUCACCUACAUCGGAGGCUCCAAAAGUGUGUCCUAUUCAGUACAUGUCUCUGAGGAUUAUCCAGAUAACACAUAUGUGUCCAGUUCAGACAACGAUGAAGAUGUGUUAGUUACCACAGAGCCAAUCCCAGUAAUUUUCCAGAGAAUUGCAACAGAAUUAAAGAAAACCAGUGAUGUCAAUUGCUGCUUAUCUAUAAAAUCAAAAUUACAGAGGGAGAAUGGAGAGGAGUCAAGACACAAUAGUGCAGUUGAAGAAGAUUCUGAAGGAGAUAAUGACUCUGAAGAGUUCUAUUAUGGUGGACAGGUUAGCUAUGAUGGAGAGCUCCACAAGCAUCCACAACUGGAAGCUGAUUUGACAGCUGUGAGAGAGAUCUAUGGACCUAGUGCAGUAUCUCUCAGGGAAUAUGGAGCCAUUGAUGAUGUAGAUAUUGAUCUGCAUAUUGAUGUUAGCUUUCUUGAUGAAGAGAUUGCUGUGGCUUGGGAUGUAAUUCGCACAGAGCCUAUAAUAGUGCGAUUGCACUGUUCACUUACACAGUACUUAAAUGGUCCAGUACCCACUGUGGAUGUAUUUCAGAUCUCUACGAAGGAAAGAUUUGGGUUGGGACAUCAACUGAAAAAAAUCAUGCAGACAUUUGUUACACAACAGUGGAAAAAUAGUAAAGAAAAAUCAAAUUGUACGCACAACAAGAAAUUGUCGGAGAAAAAAGUGAAAUCCCCUCUGCACAUCUUUUCUACCUUGCGCAGGUCGCCAAGUUAUCCUCCACCUGGCUGUGGUAAAAACAAAUCAAAACUGAAAUCAGAACAAGAUGGCAUCUCCAAAACUCACAAGUUGCUGAGAAGGACUUGUUCUAGCACAGUUAAGGCUGACGAUGUUUGCACCAAUAAAUCUCACAGAACGUUUGGCCGCUCGCUGUCUAGUGAUCCUAGGGCUGAGCAGACAAUGGCUAUUAAAUCGCACAAACUGUUGAACCGUUCCUGCUCUACUGCUGUCAAACAAGAAGAGUGCAUCACUCUAAAGCCCCAUAAACUACUAAGUAGAUCAUGUUCUGGGGAUCCUCGAUGUGAGCACAACAGCACCUUGAAGCCCCACAAACUUUUAAGCAGGUCUUAUUCCAGUAAUCUUAGAAUGGAAGAAUUGGAUGGACUAAAGAAUCAUAAGUUACUCAGCAAGUCUUACUCCAGUGCCCCAAAGUCAUCCAAAACGGAGCUUUUCAAGGAACCGACCAUUGCAGAGGGCAGGCGUCUCUCUCUUACCUCAGGGCUUAUUGGUAUCUUAACACCAUCGUCAUCAUCACCUUUGCAAGCUGCUCCAAAUUAUGGUGCAAAAUGCAUUCCAGUACGAGACCAUGGCUUUCUUGUGCAGACUAUUGAAUUUGCUGAGCAGCGGAUACCCGUAUUGAACGAAUACUGUGUAGUUUGUGAUGAACCACAUGUGUUUCAGAAUGGCCCCAUGCUGAGGCCCACUGUGUGUGAACGGGAACUCUGUGUAUUUGCUUUUCAAACUCUAGGAGUGAUGAAUGAAGCUGCAGAUGAAAUUGCAACUGGGGCUCAGGUGGUAGAUUUAUUAGUAUCCAUGUGUCGAUCUGCAUUAGAAUCGCCUAGGAAAGUUGUCAUUUUUGAGCCAUAUCCUUCUGUAGUUGAUCCUAAUGAUCCUCAGAUGCUGGCCUUUAAUCCAAGGAAGAAGAAUUAUGACCGAGUCAUGAAAGCACUGGAUAGUAUUACUUCUAUUAGAGAAAUGACACAGGCACCUUACUUGGAAAUAAAGAAGCAGAUGGAUAAACAGGACCCACUUGCUCAUCCUCUUCUGCAGUGGGUUAUUUCUAGUAAUAGGUCACAUAUUGUGAAACUUCCUGUGAACAGGCAACUGAAAUUUAUGCACACUCCCCAUCAGUUCCUCCUUCUCAGCAGUCCACCAGCCAAAGAAUCCAAUUUCAGAGCUGCUAAAAAUCUGUAUGGAAGUACUUUUGCAUUUCAUGGUUCACACAUUGAAAACUGGCACUCCAUCCUGAGGAACGGCUUAGUUGUUGCUUCCAAUACAAGACUGCAGCUCCAUGGUGCAAUGUUUGGAAUCGGGAUCUACCUUAGUCCAUUGUCAAGCAUAUCAUUUGGUUACUCAGGGAUGAACAAGAAGCAGCAGAAAGUGUCAGCUAAGGAUGAACCUGCUUCAAGCAGUAAAGGCAGUAAUGCAUCACAGUCACAGAAGAAAGGACAGCAAUCUCAAUUUUUGCAAAGCCGUAACUUAAAAUGCAUAGCCUUAUGUGAAGUGAUAACCUCACCUGAUCUGCACAAACAUGGGGAGAUAUGGGUAGUUCCCAAUACUGAUCAUGUGUGUACAAGGUUUUUCUUUGUUUAUGAAGAUGGUCAAGUGGGUGAUACAAGUAUAAAUACGCAAGAGCCAAGCAUUCAUAAAGAGAUCCUUCGAGUCAUUGGUAAUCAAACUGCAACUGGUUAAAAGGAUCACUUUUAUUAAAUUGAUGUGAUUUGGAAGCCUUCCUCAGUCUCAAAGCUGGAUUUUGAACUGAAGAAGAAGACAUGAAAACUAAUUUAUUAUUCAUAUUCUAAACAAAUUAACCCUUUGAAUACUUACUGUUUUCUUACUUAGUAUUUCUUAUCUCAAUGAAAUACCUAAAAUGGUACAAGUUAGCAACUGUAGGGGUGCAAAGUCUAUUAAUAUACUACAACUAAUAGCAAUUAAACAGACAUUUGGGUUGCUCACAAUAAACAUAAUUUAAAAAGGAGUUUUGUGCUGAUAUUUUUAUAUUAAACUCUUGAAUUGGACCAUUUUAGUACUGUAUACUGGUAAUUUACAUUUAAAAUGACUGAAUUAAAAGAAAGGAAGAAGAUUUUAUAGUGGAGAACCUGCAUUAUACAGGAUACUUUGCAAUAAGUAAAAUAUUCACAUAUUUUAACACACAAUAAAAAUGGUUGUCUGGAACAUGUCAAGAAAGGUGGUUACCUAAAAUAUCUUUGAUUCAUUUUACUGUAUACAAAUGCAACUAGGAUUUAGAGUAAAAAAGUUAAAAGAAAACAUUUCUUUAUGCUGUUUAUGCUGUAUUCAAGUUAUUACCAAGAGAAAAAUAAUUAUAUGAUGGCAUAUAAUUUGUUGACUUUAUUCUCUCGAUACAAACUACACCAUCUAGUAAACAGUUGGGUUACAUUUUUUUUUCCAAAAAAAGAUACAAGCCAAGCAAACUGAGCAGAAUUUCAGGGGUUGAUAAUUUGUUGUUAGGAUGUUGGUGUCCCAGAUUUUACAAUUAUCUAUGAGCCCUAUUCAGCAAUGCACUUGUGUUUUAUUCUUGAUUUUAACUGGACUGUUCUUGUGGUUAAAGUGAGUGACUCUAAAGUCCCUUGCUGAAGUGGGGUUAUAUGUUUGCCAGAUUAGUAAGAAAUAACAAAUAUUACAAACUGUCAGAAUUACUGAUGAGUUUUUUGAUGGAAGUAUUGUUAAUUCAUCAAAUAAAUCACCAUUGUUUAAAAUUAGAUAUUAUAGCUAUUUAAAAUAACAUGGCUACCACAUUGUGAGCAUGAUGGUAGCAAGCCUAGGGACCAAUCCUGCAAGGUGCCAAGCAUUUCUUGGGAGGUGCUGAUUGCCCUCAGUUCUUACUGAAGUCAUCUCUCAGAAUCAUGCCCUUACUUGUUGCCAGCAUUUUCUAACUGUACACCUCCACUUUCUGCCAAAAUUAGAAAGGGAAAGGGAAAGUUAUAGAAACAAAAACUCGCUAUGGAAGAUGGUAGUCUGAGACCAACAGUGGCCAAUAUUGCCACUGGUAUGAUCAUGAUCUGAAAGACCCUAGUAACAACAACAUAGUGUUUUGUUUGUGUUUGGUUUUGUAUUUCUUUAAAGAGGCCUAAGCUUUGCAUUAUACUGUACAGAGAUUUUAGGAUUGGGAAAUUCCUUCCUGAAGAACAUUUACACUUUCUGUAUUCCAAGCUAAACCUAGUCCUGUUUCAUUCAACACAAAAGAAACCUCACCCAGAAUAAAGUUGAAGUUCUCUAGAAUAAAAGUGGUUUCUGUGGCAUAGGGCCAUCUGUGGUGAUGUUGUAGAAUUGCAGUAUGGUUCCACGUCUGGCAUCAAAGAUGAUUUCUGCAAUUAAUCUACAUGAAGCAGUUAGGUAGUGUGGGUUGUGUGACUAAAUAAAAUCAAGCAAACUUAGAACUGAGAGCUGGAAAUCUUGCCUGACCAUCCCUACUUAGUUUGCCCAUGUGUAUACAUACACACAAAAUGGUUUAUACAUUUACAUAUGUACGUUUGGCUGAACAACAAUUGUGUGAUGUUAUCAUAGUAGAUGUAAUGAAAUACUUAAAUCCUGAGGGGAACUGAUUCCUAGGGCAGGUAUCAAGUCCAUAGUGGCUUCAGAGGCUAGGUGGAAUAAUGGGCCAAAUACAGGAUGUGGCAUUCUUCCUUCCCCAGCUAAAGCCUAAAUCCUAGAGAUGCCUGCUUUAUGGAUGCCCAGAGUAACUAUGGCAUUGAGCCAAAGUUUUUUUGCAUACUGUUGCUGCUCUGCUGGAUAUCUAAGAGCAUCUCCAUAGGUGCAACCACUCUGUUGAGAGAAGGAACAGUUCUUCCCCAUGUUUCUGGAAGGGUGGAACAAGAAUUUUUUUUCCUGAUUCUUGGACUCUCCCAUCCAAGUUUAACUCUGGGACAGAGGAAAGAUGAAGAUGUUUCCUUCUCAAAAGGGCUGCUGUACAUACCAGCUGCAGGAAGCUUACAGCUUCACUCCUUUUCCCUUUUGAGACCGCUUAACAAAGGUUAACCUCAUGAGUGGAUUCCAAGUGAAUGGCAGAGGCAAUGCCAGAUUUAGACAAAGCAGGGAGCCAAAAGAAAGCUCCUGUUUCUCAACUGCAGCCUCCAUUCAUAGAAAAGGGGAGAAAGUGCGCCCUUCCCACAAGUCAGAAGCACAUGGGAAGAGUCACAGUUCCCAUGGCCAAUCUGUCAUGAUGACAGAGAAGGAAACAGCCACUUAGUAGGGGGAAGACUGAACCCCAAGUGAUAAAGGGACAAAGGAUACUGGGUGGGACACAGACACUGGGGAAAACCAUUGUGAUGUCCAGGGACAGAGUAUGUUGGGGGUACACACACCAGAGGCUAGAGAACACUGCUGGCCUGCUCAUCAAAACAGUGGGGAAAUUUAUGCUAUGGAAAUUUAGUCAGGGAGUUGAGGGGAGAUAGAGCACACUGGUGAACAGAACAUAAAAAACCACAGGGAAGGGGGGCAAAAUACACAAAGGGCAUGAAAUAAAGCAUAGGAUGUUUAACUUGUGUUCACUCAUUGACAUAAGAAGACAUGGUGUACAGAGGAGACAGAAACCUGCAGGCACAAGACUUAUAACGUGGGGGAAGACAGAGUGUUUUGGUACCAAGCAGCACAGUGCAUAGGGGACAGAGAGCUGGGAACAAAGUGUAGAGAAGGAGUGCUGAGCCCUACAUAUAUGAGAGGCAAGGAUUCUUUAGGGUGAUAUCUUUUAGUGGACCAACUGCAUAGUUGGGAUAGAGUUAGACAAGCUUUUGAAUGCAAGACAUUCUUCUUUAAGUCAUUUGGAGAAUCUGAAGAAGAAUGUCUUGAAUUCAACUGCUUGUCUAACUGUAUCCCAAUUAUGUAGCUGGCCCAAUAAAAAUAAUUCUUAGACUGUAUACAGGCAGUGCCGUACAUACCAACACAGAGAAAGUUUUAGAAUACCGAUUUAGAACAUGGUGCUGAAAAGAUCCAAGAUCAAAUCUGGACCCAGCUCCUUAUAUCCCCCAAUUUUUGGUUCCAAGCAACUCUCCUGUUUCCCUCUUCCCCCUGUUCUUCGCUGUGCCUCUAGGAGUCUCUCCCAGAAACACGGUGCACUCCUAAGAGAGGUGGAGACCAGGGUUCACAUAGAAUGGCAGCUUUCCACUUUCCCUCCCUCUGCUGCCCUCUGUCCAUCCCAGAGACCCAGAAGAUGUGGGCGAGUGUGCGCCCACUGCCAGUCUAAAGGAACCGUGGAGCUUUUCUGUUUCUUUUUUUCCCACUUCUGUGCUGUUCCUCAGCAAGGAAGUAUAAAAGCCUCACAGACAGUAUGUGGUCAUGGAUUAUCAGUCCUAACCCUUGUGGGUUUUGCCUUUUAAUGUUCUCUUUUUCAAAAUUACUUCAAUGUGAAGUAGUUUGCUGUGGUUGAACCUGUUUAUACCAGUAUUAGGGUUUUAAAAGCCACUUGGGCAUCCAAACAAACUGGGAAAAACCAGAGGGCCUGAUCCUGCAAAGUUGUGAAUGAGGUUGAGUGCUGUGAGCACACCUCAGAAUCAAGCCCUGGCGGCAUGCUAUUUCUCUUCCUUCCUUCCCUUCUCUCUUCAAUACACCGAUUUCUGAAGAAAAUGUAGUUAAUUACCUCUGGGAAAACCAGUGACUUCUGAAGGUCAUAUGACCAAAGCCUGCAAAGAGCUCAGCUGAAUUUCCCCUGAAAUUAGUGGGAGUUGAGGCCAUUCAAAAUCUUGCAGACACAAUGAGGGAAAUCCUCUGUGUUAUUAACAGUGGGAGAAUUACGCUGCAGCUCAUUUUGAAAUACAAUGCAUUUAUUUUUCUCCACCAAAUUACUGCCAGGAAAAUAUUUUUGAGUGUUAUGGUAUCUACACAUGAACAAGAAACUGCUGUUACUUUCUGUAAAGAGAACGCUGGUGCUUUUAGUUUUAAAAUGGCAAGGAGAUUUCUUUUGGAGGCCAUGACCCAGAAGUAAAUAGCUGAGAUAUUGUAAAGCCAGUUUCCAGACUGGCACAGAGAUGGCAUAGAGCAGAAUGUUUCUUACCAGGGUAACGCCUGAGGGAGAGAAGCCAGUGGAAAGGCCACGUCUCUGGGGCCUUUCUGUGAGAUUUCUCCCUGAUUAUUUUAUAUUAGAGGGAAGAGGUUUCCCAGCCUCAAACCGUGCAGAUACCUGUGGUCACUAAAAAAAAAAACCAAAGGCUUUGUGUGAAAAUCUCCUAUGUUGUCCCUGAAUUCCCAAUACUUCUUGCUCCAUGGCAUCACAGCUCUGCUACUAGCACACUUAUUGGUCACACCUCUCCCUUUGAACUCCCCUUAAAGAAGUAUGCCUGGCAUAGGUUGCAUUCCACAGGAAGGGGAAUAUAGCUCCAAGCUCUAUCAUCUUUCCUCGCAAAUCUCCAUAAUACCAGGUGAUGCCACACCACAUGGACCUACCCAUCCAGUGCACCCAUGCUUGGGUAGAUUUCAGUCCUAUGGAGAAGUGUCAGAAUUGGGAUAGGAAACUGCUAUCCACCUUCUAUGUGAUGCAUCUCCAGGUUAGAAACCCAAAAAUAUAAGUGUUUUCAAUGAAAAAAAAACCAAAGGAAAGAAAAGAAACAUGUUGCACAACAAUAGUAAUCUGUCCGCCAAUGGCUCCAGUUGUCUGUAUCAAGUGUUAACACUCAAAAAGGAAAAAAAAUCUUUUGAAGCCUUUCCUAAAUUCAGUCAGAUAUUUAGCCUUCAAGAGAUUAAGCAAUGUGAGCCAUUCCUUCGAGUUUAAACUAAUAUAGUUCCACUUUCUUCAAUAAACCUAUGCUAUUUUACAUCAUACAGGAUUCUGGCUCAGCAUCUCUUACCCUACUGGCCAGUUUGUAUAAUACUCUGCUUCUGAAUGUUUUAUGGAAACAUAGUCAAUGAUGCCAGAAUUUUUAUAUUUGUACUUUUUUUCUUAAAAAGAACUGUUUACUGAUGCUGUAUAAUUUUAAUGUUAGAGCUGUGGGUACUAAAAGUGAAUCCAAUGAACAAUGCUAAGAUUAUGCUUUCUUUAAUUGUUACAAAGAUGUGGCAGUUUCCUAAAGAAGGUCUUAUGCUUGGAUGAAAUGUAAUAUAUUUGUAAAAACACACUUUUUAGCUGCUGAAAUAAUUAGCUAGUUUUCAGGGCCAUAACUGAGUACAAAACAAUGGGAAGAUAGAUAUUUAAAUAUGGUUCUCUAUUCAAAACAACAACAAAUAUGUUAUUAGUUAAGUAGUAUAUACAUUUGAAUGGAAGUUUUCUUAGCUCUAAAAAAAGUAAUUCCAAUUCAGAAAAGAACAUUUGUAAUGCAGGUUUGACAAGAAAAUAAAUAUACACAAGUAAAAGUUCUUUGAUAAUCUUAGCAUUUUCAAACAACUGGAUUUUGGGUCCAGUCCUAUGACGUGCUGAAUACCGCAUUCAGCGCCUCUUAGGAGUAGGCCCUUGAAAAAAAAAAGUGUGUUCUUUUAUGUACUAGUUAUUCUUUGCUGUCAUGGUAAGUUUUAAAAGAGAUUCUGAAGCAAAGGCCCAUUGCAAAUGAGACCAUCUUGUAGAAUUCUGUGUAUAUUUUCAUCAGAAUAUUUGGGUGGAUUUUAGCAGGACUGAAUUUUUGUUUUAUUAUUCAGUGAUACAGUGAAGCAAGCAGCGGUUUUGGUUGUUAAGAAGAUAAAUGAGUGGGGUAUACAGUCAAGAUCACUGUUAAAAUACCUGGGCAUCUUUCUGUUAUUUAAGACUUUGUCAUGCCCUGAAGUGUUGACCCGUUAGAACUGCCUUCCCCUGACUGAAGAAUACAUAUGCUUCAAUCAGCUACCAUAGUUAUGGGUAUGGCAUACAUCAGUGAUGGGAGCACUGACUGGAACAAACUAGGUUUCAGGUUGUCUCUUUGGGCAUUUAGAAUCCUACGGGCACUUUAUUUGCAGAAUUGAGGUGUUGAUUUGAUGCCCUGCUGAAUUUCUUUGUCACAAACACUACCUCAAGAUGAAAGGCAAACCUGUUGAUUAAACGAAAUAAGCUCUCCUAUUUCAAGAGCAGUUAAAUAUAACAUGUAGGACUAAAGAAAAUCUCCAGUUUUGUCUGCCAUGUCUAUAACUAGAAUUCACUUUGUCCUUUGUAGUGUCAUUGAUCAUAGUGGAAACUUGUGCUUCAGAUAGUGAUGAUAAAAAUAAUGUAGAGUUUUACAUAUGAAGGUUUUGUUUAACUGGUUGAAUUUUGCAGUUUGACUUUGCAGACUUUAGAUUUGAAGAUGUUUGGCUCAUGUUGUCCUAUGCUGGAUACCUGUUCUUUAACUCAAUGUUCAUUAGCUGGAGUAACAGCCACUGAGAAGACCAAACAAUAUAAUGUGUAGAGCUAAUGUUUUAGAGAGGCAAAGGUAAUACAGAAAUCUUUUGACACCUUGUUCCUGCUAAAUUUUAGUCUGCCUGUGGGCAGCACUGAUGUAUAUUACUACCCGUUAAACUUUGCAUUGGGAUUUUGUAUACAGUAUGAUAUAUUAAGUAUAAAUUUUUUGUAGGACAAAAAAAAUGUCAAGUAGUUUUUAGACAAAACAUCUAGCGUGUGAAAAAUGUUGAAGAAUAGAUUACAUUAAACAUAUACCAGCAAGUCAGUAAAAAAUAGAGUCCUUAUACACAUUCAGCUUAAUUUACUGUUCUAAAAGGAUUUUUUAAAUUUACCCAACACUUACUGUACCUUUGAGUUUAAAAAAUGCAGCCACUCCUUUAUGUAAACAUUAAAAUAUGCCUAUAUUUCUUCUUGUUAAAUAUACAGCAUUUUCCCCAAUAAAUUUCUUGAAUUUUGUGCACAAAAUAGUAUUGCAGCCUGCUAUUUAGCCUAUGGUGCCUUAGAGUUAUUACAAAUAUUUAACAAUAUGUACAUAAUGUAAAUACUGCCAAAAGAUCACUAAGGCCAAAUAUUUUCUCUAUUCACUUUUUACUGCACUUGCUUUCUAUUGCUAUUUAAGCCUCUUUUAUCCAGCUUUGUAACAGUUAUAACAUUGUAGCCAAUGUAAAUGUUUACUUUCAAUAAAUCUGAAUUUGUU